CAUUGUGCUAAAUAUAGUCUGUGAUAAAACUGACGACCAGUGUUUAUGAAGGAAUUCUUGCUGUCUAGUUUACGGGAAGAUAGAUGCGAUCGUUGUGAUGGUUCAGUGUGUGAUUGUGAAGUCAGAAUAGUGUUUGAAAAUAAGAAUUGACAACGCGAAGAUUGAGUUAUCGGAAGGAGAGAAAAAUAUGCCAGGGAAUCAAAGACAAGUUGACAUGGAGAGGGAUGACGAGGAGAUGCCAAACUCUCUACAAGACACGCACAGUCUAGAUUCCUCCUCCUCCGAUGGUGCGGUACUGAGAUCUCGGACGUCAGUCAGGCAAGAACUACAGCAGUUCAUCCGAUCUACGAGAUGCCAGGUGUUGGUGGUGGCACUAGUGGUAGUGGACAUGACUUUAGUUAUCACAGAGUUGCUCUUCGACCUGGAAAUGCAAGGUGCACCCUCCCCCAUCCCGUUUGUGAUGCACACGCUCUCCAUAAGCCUGCUUGCACUCUUCCUCGUUGAAAUUGGCUUGAAGAUUUAUGCUUACCGCUUUGACUUCUUCACGCGGAAAGGUGACAUAUUCGAUGCCAUUGUUGUCAUUGUUGCCAUCUGCCUUGAUGCAGUAUACCUCCACUCGCACGAUGCCCACUCUGGGUUAGGCCUCAUCAUUGUGUUGAGACUAUGGAGGGUUGUGCCCAUACAAAAAGCCAUGGUGGUUCAGGUCCGAAAAGUGGGAGAAAAGAAACUGUUGCAUGAACAACAAAAUCGGUACCUGGCUGAACAAGAGGCUGAGAGAUAUCGCACAUACAGUUAUUCGCAAGACAUGUACAUCAAAGCACUGGAGGAAUUGUUGAGAAGAAAUGGGAUUUCAUAUCAGGAGGAGUGCAAGAAUUUGCCGGAUAUUAACAGAAUCAGUGUGGUUGCAGAGGUAAAUACAAAAGAGUGAAAAACUACCAUGACGGGGGAAAAUAUGGUAUGUAGAAAACUUAUGGAUUCGAGGCUCAACGUAAAUGAAUUGGUUUCAGGGAUAAGGCAUUUCACAUGUUCAUUUGAUUUUUGUAGCUGCAUUUAUCAUUUGAAGAAACAUUGAUUUAUGAAUAUUUAAAAACAUAAUUAAGCGUGUAAUGACAGCAUUUAUACAGGUAUUAAUAUUUGUUUGUUAUCUCUAAUGAUAUGUCUUUAUCAGUGCUAAGAGUUAUAAAGGAAAUUUUUUUAUAUGACCAGUUGUAAUUGUGAUCUCAAACAUGGUACUGAAUUUGUCAAAGACUAGAAUCAGUCUUUAAUAAGAUAUAUU